GCGUCGUUGGCGGUCAUCAACUCGAGUUCGAAACGAACACUGCUCGGGGGGAGCUUUGCAAAGAUCGAACCCGAGAGGAUCUCCUCGAUAGAGAGCCGUCGACGCCGUUGGACGAGGUGGGACGACUACAAGACCCUCCUCUCGCUUACAGUAUGGCUUCUCCGCUGGGAGGAGUCCCCUGCUGAGUAGUCGAGUAGGCGCGUCAGUAUGGCUUCUCCGAUGGGAGGAGUCCCCUGCUGGGUAGUCGGGCUAAGCCAAUGACAGAGUGGACGACCUCAGGAUCCGGCUAUCUGUCAGUAUGGCCUCUGCGCUGGGAGGGGCCCCCUGCUGCGUAGUCGGACUGAGCGGAUGGUUAUCCGUCCUCAGAUGUACGGCGCUCGUACGAAAAGCUGUCCGUGCUCAUAUGUACGACAGCUCCCCGCGCGAGAAAGGGCCGCGAAUGAUAGCCCGGCUGCACUGGAGGUUCCAGACGGCUUGUCUCGCGGUCUGCGGCGGUUGCCUUGAUGGAUGUCGAAGGAUUGAUGCGGAUGACGGCGUGCUCGCUACGGGCGCCUGCUGUCAACCGUGCUUCCCUCCCCUCAUCUGCUUGUGUCUCUCGACGACCCAAACCGCUACAGACAUAGACCGUACGCAUCGGACGGCCUCCUGUACACUCCUUGGUCGAACACAGCAUCCCGCGCGCCCGGGCCAACAGAUAACGGCGGUCCCGUCCGACUGGGUGUCGGCGGCGCGUUCACCACAGCAGUCGCAAAGUCGCAAUCGCCAUACAGGCGGUCCGAGAGCGACGCGUGCGAUGCCCGACAAGGGCGAGCGACAGGCUACACUGCCUCCAUGGUCAACGAAGAUUGUCUGCGACAUGCCUGAGGCGACGCUUGCGACCAUCCUUGUGCGGGGCUUGCGCCGCGACUGGCUGCUGGAGGAAAAGGGGGGACUCGAGGAGACAUUAUACGUCUACUGUUAAGUGUGCAAUAUAUCUUCAUGUCUAUCCCUUGCGCGUGUCGUGUGAUGCUGCACAUUUAACACUCCCUACCGAGCGCAAUGCCUGGGCCAAAGCUCUACAUCGCGCAUGCGCUCGCGCGCGAGUCGCAUGGUCGCUCCGGUACAGCCAGCUUAUGACUCGAUGUGACUCACUCCUGACACGCCACCCCCUGUGGUCCUGUACAGUUGGUCCUGUACAGGCCCGCAGCCACUGUCAGCAGUCGCGAAUGCGUGUCUGUCGGUGGAAGCAUAUGUGGCUGAGCUGCCGCCGUGGGCCGCUCUGACGCUGUACCAAUCGCACGUUGACCCCCAUCUCACUGGCGGCGCG